UAGUGCAUCAUUGAACUGCAAGCUUAACAACAAUGGUGUUCUGGCAAGUUGGAUUGGUGGUUCUUUUUGUGCUGGGAUUCUCUGAAGCACAAUGGAGAGCCAGAGCAACAAACGGUUGGACUCCAAGGGCCCCUAAGUCACUGUUGCAAAUUUCGCAGACUGACUCAGGGAUGUCUCCAAUUUCCCAGAGAUAUGGCCUUGGUAGUGCUGCACUUGCUCCACAAAGAUUUCCUGCUCCGUUUCCUGCCCAAACACCAGCCAGGAGUGACUUUGGAAUGGCUUCUCAAGAUCUCUUUGGUGUGCAGUCAAAAGAGCUGAUGAUGGGUCCAGUUGCAAAACUGACAUGGAGCUUUCCAAGCCUGCCAGAAGAACCCCAGCAGCCAGAUGUUCCUUUUGAGUUGCAUCAUCCUGUCCCUGCCAACAGUGUGGCGGCUCAGUGUGCUGAGAACUCUGUAUAUGUGGAGGUGAUGGCAGACUUCUUUGGGACUGGGAAGCCACUGAAGUCCUCUGCUUUUACACUUGGAGGCUGUGCUGCAACUGGAGAAGACCCUUCUGUUCAAGUGCUCAUCUUUGAGUCUGAACUGCAAGGAUGUGGUAGUGUAGUAACGGUGACUGAAGAAGAGCUUGUCUAUUCGUUCAACCUUCUCUACACCCCACAAGAGGCUUCUUAUGGUGUUCCUAUUGUUCGAAGUAGUGGUGCAGUGGUUGGUAUCGAGUGUCACUAUUCAAGACUGCAUAAUGUGAGCAGUGACACCUUGAUGCCUGCUUGGAUCCCAUAUGCUGCUACUAAAGUUGCAGAGGAGGUCUUUUUCUUAUCCCUGAAGCUUGUGACUGAUGACUGGAGAUUCGAGAGGCCUUCGAACCAGUACUUCCUGGGUGAUAUGCUCAAUCUUGAAGCAUCGGUGCUUUCGUACAGCCAUGUUCCUGUCCGUGUGUUUGUGGAUAGCUGCGUGGCUACAGCAGUCCCUGAUGUAACGUCUGUCCCCAGAUACUCCUUUAUUGAGAACAGUGGGUGCCUGGUUGAUGCCAAGCUCACAGGUGCCAGGUCUCACUUCAUGCCCCGAACUCAAGAUGAUAAGCUGCAGUUUCAGCUAGAAGCGUUCAGGUUCCAGCAAGCAGACAGUGGACUGAUCUACAUCACAUGCACUUUGAAGGUGGCUGCAGCAACUAGUCCUACUCCAAUAAGUCCUGAACAGAAAGCUUGUUCGUUCUCUGCUAAUGGUUGGGUGUCUGCAGAUGGUUCUGACCAGGUGUGUGCCUGCUGUGACACCACAUGUACUAUAAGAAGUGGAAGUGAUCCGCUGGUUAAAGAUCUGCGGUGGGAGAAAACUUCUGUUGGGCCCAUCAAUGUUAAGGAAUAUGGCUAUGGCCAGAAAUAACAAUGCCUUGUGACUUCUGUUGACUUAAUAAAAAAAAUUGGUCUUAA